AUGCCUUCCUCGAGUAGGAGCUCCGCUCGCUUUGUCCGACCCAGGAGAUUCCCGGACAAGUGCAUCGAGACCUGGCAAGGAGAGUACGAACGCAGGGGUCGCCCUGCGGAAAAAACACAAUGGAAUUUUCAGGAGAUGCACGCCUACACAAGGUGGCAGCUUUCGCAUCUGCCUGCCGGCAGCCUUGACUUCGGCGGGUGGGCAAGAAGCCUUCCCGCUGCACAGGGCAACACGCCAGCUCCCCUGCCGCAGUGUGUGGUCGACUUUCUGCAGCAGCAGAAGGUACAGGCACCUGGUGGGCCCACCGCCGCGCCUGCUGGCAACAGUGGUGCAGCCCAGGAGGGUUUCGGUGACUCCGGCUACAUCCUUGAAGCGGACACCAGUGACCAGGGCGAGGACAUCUUUUACCUGGUGUAUGUCAAGGGCAGCAAUGAUCGGGUGGAAGUGGAGCUGGAACGCGGCUUCACGUGGCAGAUCUACGACGUCACAGAGCAGGGUGCCACGAAGCAGGCGGUGUGGCAGGGGGAGCCCCACGAACCGAAGUUCGCGAAAACGAUUAUGGAGACCGCGGCGCAGGAGCAGGCCGCCAAGAGCAACGUUAAAGCGGAGCCGUUUGCUGGACCUGGUGUUGAGCUUGGGGCCCUCGAGAACGACGGCACGCAGCAACCGCAGACGGCCCGACUGCCGGAGACCGAGACAGAUGAUGAUUUCGCUGAUUGGGACGAAGAAGAGCAGGAGUCUGUGCCGGAACUUUCCAGUUUUGUCUUGCAUGCGUUGACACGAGCUGUGUUUAUUGAUGCCGCGGAGGAAGUGGCGCAGCCCUUUGUCUACACUUUGAACGAUUGCCAGUACCUCAUCGACCCCACACAGUUGUGUUGGGCUCCUUUGCCUGGCCCCGACAAGAGAGGCGGGUGCAAGGACUGGCAGGUCACUGAGGCAAAGCAACCGGAUGGCACCCCGACAUUGGUGUUGGACUCCCAGUCCCAGACCAAGGGCGUGCGUGCGCGCUAUGUCGACACCGUGCUUGGAUCCAGCAGAGCCGUUCCCAUCACAGAUGCAACCAUGAUCACGAUCAUUUCUGAGUCGACGAACGACCCGGCCGUGCAAGCGGCCGUUAAGCAGUGGAAGGAAAAGGAGGCCGAGGGCCAUGCCAAGGACAACGGUGACUCUGACCCCAAGAAGCGCGAACCCCCGUCUGAGGAGGGGGAACCGGCCAAGCAAAAGCAACGCACCUCCGAGAGUGUGGUCCCGCCGGCAAAGACGAACGCUCUGCCCAGCACCAUGCCUCCCGUGCACUCCAUCGACUGA